AAUACUAUCAGGCUGGUUGGUGAAGAGGAAUCGCAGCUUUUCUCUGCAACAAAACAGAUAAUUAGGUGUCACACGUGUAUUGCACUAUCUGAGGCAUCAUUGGACCAGGCCAUACGAUCAACCGACGCACACGUGUAUCUCUCUCUUGUGCUGCUCCAGAUGUUAUAUGGCGCACCCCCGCGCCACAGAGGAACCCGAUCCGCUGAGCUGGUGGCUUUGGUUCCAACUUCCAACUCGUAUGCGCCGAGUUUACGGCGACUAGGAUAAGAUUGGGGAAACCGGGAAGCCAUUGUUGGGCGAAGUUGAGGUCCGCGAGGCAGCGAUGAGGAAAACCCUGUUUCAAAUGUAGCAAAGGUGAUUUCAAUGCUUAUGGGGGUAGCAGCAGGCCAGAGUUUGGUGACAUUUUGUAGUUCAGACUGGAAGUAAUCUCUGGAGUGUUUUUAGUUUUAACAACCAGGAUGACUGUUUUUGCAGUAAAGAAUUUGUUCCCUUUAUUUUCCAGCUCAAUUGAAAAAACUCCAAAACCUCUCCCCCGGUAUAAAUUGCAGGCUGGAAAUCAUUUAGUUCCAUCUUCUCAAGAGACCUUGUUUAGUAGAAGACAUUUUCUCAUAUGUAAUGGAGCUUCUUUGGUUGCCAUUUUGACCCUUAAUGAUGGUUUAAUACCACCAGUAGCAAGAGCAGAGGAAAAGGACCUGAAAGAUCAAGAGGAUGAAAGAAAGAAUAGCAUUAUUGGAGCUGUUCAAUCCCUGUUUGAUCCUAAUGAAAAAACAAAGUCCGGGAAGGUAUUGCCAAAGGCCUACUUGAAGUCAGCUAGAGAAGUUGUGAAAACACUUCGUGAAUCACUGAAGGAAGACGCCAAGGAUAUUACCAAAUUUAGAAGGACUGCAGAUGCUGCAAAGGAAUCAAUCAGAGAGUAUCUAAGUAAUUGGAAGGGUCAACAAGAAGUGGUGGCAGAGGAAUCUUAUGUUGUGCUUGAGAAAGCAAUUAGAUCGCUGGCCAGCUUCUACUCAAAGGCAGGUCCAUCAGCAUCUCUACCCGAGGAGGUGAAGUCCAGCAUUUUGGAUGAUCUAGACAAGGCAGAGGCAUUUUGGUAACCCAAGUAAUCCUAUUAAGUGGAUGUAUCUGUACAAUUCACAGUUCUAUAAUAUCUUUUUGGUCAUUCUUUUCUUUUUCUAAGGGAGUGGGGUGGGUGGAUGGGUUGUAUUACUGGAGGAAUAUCCAUCUUGUUUGUAUCAUGUCAAUCUAUCCAUUUUCUAUAUUGAGUUAAGGCCAAGCUGCUGUUUCUUUACUGAACCUUGACUUUUAUUCUGGAGGAAAGCUUAAAUCUCACUUUGCUAUUUUGUAA